AUGCUCCUUUCCAGUACCGGCGGGUCCUCGCGUCGCGCCUCCGUCACAAACGGUACAUCCAGCAGCGGUACUUUCAACCUGAAGUUGCCCGACGUCUUCUCCGACGCGCGCGAGCACGGCUACCGGGGCCCAACGCGACACGUCCGCCUUCCGCGUGCGACGAGCACGGGGGGCGGCGCGAUCGCGAAGGGCGAGGAUCCUUCACGGUGCGUUGUAGCUGGGCGGGAAUCGCUGCGGAUCCUGAGGAUGUCGGAGACUGGGCUGAGCUCACCGAGCGGGACAGAGCACAAGUCCGUCACGGGUCGCGGCGGCCACCGCAUUGACGCGUCUCGCAAUUACUGGGAGGGCAGUGGGCUCAAGGUCGACAGCUCGAGUACGGACGUGGUAUGGUGCCAUGGCGCGUUCAGCAACAAAAUCCUCACCGGCGCGCGGAACGGGGAGCUCAUCAUGUGGGAUUUGAACAAGGGCGGGUCGUCCAAGUACGAGCGUCGAAUACGUGACCACGCGCGGGCAAUCCAUGCCCUGCAAUAUUCCCCGAUAUUGCAGUCUUACUGCAUGUCUGGGUCGGCGGAUGGAGAUGUACGAGUUUGGGAUAUUCGAGAUCUGAGCAAAUCGAUCAUGCGCAUACAUCACCCCGCUCCCGUGCGCGCAGUCGCGUUCUCUCCUGUCUCGUCGCAGUCACGGCAUAUUGUCGUCGCGUUGGAAAACGGUAGCAUACAUCGAUGGGAUCUCAAGAUGGGACAGCGUGGGCAGCUGGACCGUAUACCGGUGGCACACCAAGGACCUAUAUUGACUUUGGAUUGGGCACCCCCUUCCUCACUGGCGGUCCCCACACCACCACGGCCGAGUGGUGCUUCCACCUGGUACGGAGGUCCCGGAGGAUUCUUCGAGGAGAUGAUGCCGUCUAUGCCAAUCGGAAGUGGACCACCCACUACACCAGAAGGGGAGAACACAGGACCAGCAUGGAUCGUGAGCGGUGGAAUGGACCGCUGUGUCAAAGUGUGGGACCUGUCGAGUGCGCCGACAAGACACGCCGCGUACAAACCUGCCUACUCCCUCUACGCAUCCUUCCCCGUCCGUCGCGUCUGCUGGCGCCCCGGGUACGAUUGCGAGCUCGCGAUCGUCUCGAACGCCGACUUUGGCAGCGGUUCGGACUUUGGACACGGCGCGCUCUCUGGGCCGACUUCGUCGAGUGGGAGCCUUUCGACGAUGAUGCACAGCCCGAGGAUCUCAGCGACGCAUCUCGCGGGCGGGCUCGACGGUGCGCGCACGCCUGACGAACGGUCGCGGUCGGUCGCUGCGUCCACCGACGACAGUGAUCCGGUCGAAAUAUGGGACGUGCGUAGGGGGUAUAUCGCAAAGUGGAUCGUCGGCGGGUCCGCUGCGGAGGGGAGCGUCACAGACCUGGAGUUCGCGGAUUCGCAUGCGCUGUGGGCGUUGCACUCUUCGGGGACGUUUUCUCAGCUCGACACUCGACAAUCCCGGAGGCCAAUCGAUGCGAUACCCAGGUCGGCGAUAUCGUGGAAUUCGACAGGAUCUAUAGCGUUUGUGACCGACAAGCCUCGGCGAUGGGAGAUCCCGUACGACGAUGUCGACUCGGACACUCGACAGGACAACACCCCACACAAAACGCUGGGCGACCCCCGAUAUCGUCCUACAACACAGAACGUCGGCGCAUUUGUUCACGAUGGCGCUGCAGAGGAUCUCGACACCAUCGCCAAGCUUGCGCGAGGAUAUGUGUACACCGGAGAAAGCAAGUCGGCUAUAUGCGCUCACAAUUGCAUCGUCGCCGAGCGAGCAGCGGCCUGGGAAGCUGCCCAGACCUGGUACCUCCUCGAAUCUCUCCUCACAGAGAUCAUACCUCCCCCCACUCCGCCGCUCUCACCUCUGCCGUUCGUCACCAGUCCGCCUCUUCCCCACUCAAAUUCCGCACCGGCUGCUAUUCCUACAGUGCAUUCUGUACCACAGACCCCAGCUCCGCACCGUGCAAGCACCUCCGGAAAAGAUAGGAGUCCUGGAUCGCUUGAGGGAAAGCAGCGUCGCUCGACCUCGGGUCAUCGUUCUGCCCACGGCACCACACCCACCUCUUCAAACGCAUCCUCGCCCCGGAAAUCCAGCAUCGGCCUUCCCAGCGUCCCUGCCGCGAUAUUCGCGCGGCGUGAGUCUGGUGCGGGUCUGCCCACACCCCUGCGGCCGCUCCUCCCUCCCUCCUUCCGUCGUCCAUCUUUCUCGACCCAAAGCUUCCACAGCACUCAGAGCGAAACGACGAGCGAAGGGGUCCGUGGGAGCCACAAGCAAUAUGGCGAGGGCGCGCUCGACGAUUCCGACUCGGACGAGAGCGGCAGCGAGGACGGAGACGGCGAUGACCCCGACGGCGAUGAAGACAAGGAUGGAGACGGGUCCGAGCCCCCGCACACCCCCGCGUCCUCCGGCUCGCGCUCGCCGUUCCCGCACCCGGGUCUGACGCACCGCGCGUCGAUCGCGCACCCGUCCCCGCUCUCACGACUGGCAGUGAGCCCGCAGACGUGGACGGAGGACGAGAAGGACGACAGCUCGUCGCCCUCGCCUCGCUCGACCUCGGACGACUCGGACGACGGGGACGACGGGUUCGCAGCCUCGCGCCGCCCUUCCGCUCUGCGCAUGGUGCGCCGCGAAUCCGCGCGGAGCCGGACACGGAGCCGGAGCUCGACCGUUGCGUCGUUCGUGGCGUCGCCGUCGCCCGCGGGCGGCCGGCGCGGGGUCACGAAGCAGGAGAGCCAGAGCAGCAUCCGGACGGUCACCGCGACGGACGGGGUGUCGACGCCGUCGGGGACGCUGGGCCGCGGGGACCUGCGCGCGCAGGAGACGCUGCGGGAGCUCCCGAUGCACGGGGCGGGGCGCGUGGGGAGCGUGCGCUCGCUGCACCAGCACCGGCGCGGAAAGUCGGACGCGGUCUCGGGGGAGUUCGUGUUUGGCACUGCGGGCCGCGAAGAGGACGACGGGUAUGAGGAGGCGCAGGGGGGCGGGAUGCGGUCGCAGGGCGAGCGGACGAAGGCGGCUGUGCGCGAGGCGGAGGAAAGGCUGAGGGAGUUGGCGUGGGAGACGAUGCGAGAACGUUUCGAGCAGUAUGCAGACGAGGGCGAUGUUAUCAUGUGCGCGAUGCUGUCCAUGAUCGUGCCCAAAGAGCUCAAGGUUGUAAAGACUCGGGUCGCACGGUUCAUCGAGUCGUACAUUGAGAUUCUGACGCGUCUGCGUCUGCACACAUUUCGCGCCAGUAGAAGCAUCCGUGCCACCUCCACGAUGUCCACCACCGUGUACACGACGUGCAAGAAGUGCCGAAAGCCUAUCCUGCUUCCAGCGGCGCCGCUUGUCCAUGCCGGCCGUCCCUCAGGGAGCUUUUCGUUCUGCAAAGGGUGCCAAGCCAGCAUCACGAAGUGUAGUAUCUGCCACCUCCCCGUCCGCGCGCUCAUGUUCCAAUGUCCGGUCUGCAUGCACGGCGGCCACCAAGACUGCUACGGGAAGUACUACACCCGGCGCCCCCCGGACGAGACCAUCCCGCCGCCACUCCCGCAGGCGCUGCACCGGCCGGGACGCUCGCUCGACGUCGUCGCGCUCGGGCUCAGUCCGAACGCGAACCCGCCUCUACGCGGGCGGGCGUUGUCACGCGCGAACUCGGCGACGGCCGGGGACGGGGGCGAGUCGGACGAGGGUGAUGGGGAGGGCACGACGGGCAGCUACAGCAGCGCGAGGGGCCUCGUAGGCCCCGCGUCGGCGCACGUGGUGCUCGCGCGGUUGUGUGCUGCGGGGUGCGGGCACCAUUGUUGGGCGGUGGAUGAGAAGGGGCCAGGAUGA